AUGGCAGUGUGCAUGGCAGCAUGCAUGGCAGUGUGCAUGGCAGUGUGCAUGGCAGUGUGCAUGGCAGUGUGCAUGGCAGUGUGCAUGGCAGCCGUGCAUGGCAGCGUGCAUGGCAGUGUGCAUGGCAGCGUGCAUGGCAGUGUGCAUGGCAGUGUGCAUGGCAGUGUGCACGGCAGCAUGCAUGGCAGUGUGCAUGGCAGUGUGCAAGGCAGCGUGCAUGGCAUUAUGCAUGGCAGCGUGCAUGGCAGUGUGCAUGGCAGCGUGCAUGGCAGUGUGCAUGGCAGUGUGCAUGGCAGUGUGCAUGGCAGCGUGCAUGGCAGCGUGCAUGGCAGUGUGCAUGGCAGCGUGCAUGGCAGUGUGCAUGGCAGUGUGCAUGGCAGUGUGCACGGCAGCAUGCAUGGCAGUGUGCAUGGCAGUGUGCAUGGCAGUGUGCAUGGCAGCGUGCAUGGCAGUGUGCAUGGCAGUGUGCAUGGCAGUGUGCAUGGCAUGGCAGUGUGCAUGGCAGCGUGCAUGGCAGUGUGCAUGGCAGUGUGCAUGGCAGCGUGCAUGGCAGUGUGCAUGGCAGUGUGCACGGCAGCAUGCAUGGCAGUGUGCAUGGCAGUGUGCAAGGCAGCGUGCAUGGCAUUAUGCAUGGCAGCGUGCAUGGCAGUGUGCAUGGCAGGGUGCAUGGCAGUGUGCAUGGCAGCGUGCAUGGCAGUGUGCAUGGCAGUGUGCAUGGCAGCGUGCAUGGCAGUGUGCAUGGCAGUGUGCACGGCAGCAUGCAUGGCAGUGUGCAUGGCAGUGUGCAAGGCAGCGUGCAUGGCAUUAUGCAUGGCAGCGUGCAUGGCAGUGUGCAUGGCAGCGUGCAUGGCAGUGUGCAUGGCAGCGUGCAUGGCAGUGUGCAUGGCAGUGUGCAUGGCAGCGUGCAUGGCAGUGUGCAUGGCAGUGUGCACGGCAGCAUGCAUGGCAGUGUGCAUGGCAGUGUGCAAGGCAGCGUGCAUGGCAUUAUGCAUGGCAGCGUGCAUGGCAGUGUGCAUGGCAGCGUGCAUGGCAGUGUGCAUGGCAGUGUGCAUGGCAGCGUGCAUGGCAGUGUGCAUGGCAGUGUGCAUGGCAGCGUGCAUGGCAGUGUGCAUGGCAGUGUGCACGGCAGCAUGCAUGGCAGUGUGCAUGGCAGUGUGCAAGGCAGCGUGCAUGGCAUUAUGCAUGGCAGCGUGCAUGGCAGUGUGCAUGGCAGCGUGCAUGGCAGUGUGCAUGGCAGCGUGCAUGGCAGUGUGCAUGGCAGUGUGCAUGGCAGCGUGCAUGGCAGUGUGCAUGGCAGUGUGCACGGCAGCAUGCAUGGCAGUGUGCAUGGCAGUGUGCAAGGCAGCGUGCAUGGCAUUAUGCACGGCAGCGUGCAUGGCAGUGUGCAUGGCAGCGUGCAUGGCAGUGUGCAUGGCAGCGUGCAUGGCAGUGUGCAUGGCAGUGUGCAUGGCAGUGUGCAUGGCAGUGUGCACAGUGCGCAUGGAUGCAACUCACGGGCCUUGCAGUGUGCCACAGCAGCUUGCACCGAGUUCAUUCUCUCGUCACUGA